AUGUUGGCUCCACGCAGAGCAGGUGCCCUGCCGGAGCCCUCGCCCUCUGCCACUCCCUCUCUCAGCCUGAGGAGGAUCCAGGUUCGAUGGGCCUUGUCCCUCUUCCUCUCCCUGGCCCUCCUCUGGUUCCCGUCUGGGGCGGUAGCCUCAACCCUCAACUGCCACAAGACCUGCAUCUGUGCCAGUAACAUCGUGAGCUGUUCCAAGAUGAACCUGACCACGGUGCCCACUGGCCUGCCUGUCUACACGGCCGUCCUGGACCUCAGCUACAACGACGUCUCCCGGCUGAGGGCUGAGUGGACCACGGUGAAACUCACCAAACUCCACAACCUCCUAUUCAGUCACAACGGCCUUCACUUCCUCUCCUCUGAGGCCUUCGUCUACGUCAAACACCUGCGCUACCUGGACCUGUCCUCCAACAACCUGCGACAGCUGGACGAGUUCAUCUUUGAGCCGCUGGGGCAGCUGGAGGUGCUGUUGCUGUACAACAAUCGUAUAUCUCAGAUUGACCGCUCAGCCUUCCAGGGUCUCCACAGCCUGCAGAAACUCUACCUGUCCCAGAACAUGAUCUCACGCUUCCCCCUGGAACUGGUCAAAGACAAGACCCGCCUGGAGAAACUUAGCCUGAUGGACAUCUCCUCCAACAGGAUCAAGGUCCCCCCCAUCGAGGAGCUGCAGGUGCUGCCUGCCUGGAUAAAGAACGGCCUCUACUUCCACAACAACCCUCUGAUCUGUGACUGUAGCCUAUAUAGUCUACUGGCCCACUGGCACCUCCGCCGGCUCAACUCAGCCCUGGACUUUAAAGACGAGUACAGCUGCUAUCUCCCCGGGUCCCAGAAAAGCAGGGUGGGGAUCUUCGACCUGAACAGAGACUACAUGAACUGUAGUACGUUCUACGAGGCGGACGAGGAAGCUUGGCUGGAACAGACGCUGAUCUUACGCUGUGAUACUAAACACAGAGAUCUGUCUAAGACCUGGGUGAUGCCUGGCGAUGUAGUGGUGACGGAAGGCCUUAACCAGACAGCCAAGGUGCUUCCUGACGGUAGUCUCCAGAUCGGCCCGGUGAAGCCGGAGGACUCGGGGACGUACACAUGCUACGCUGUGAGCGAAGCCCUCAACGAGACGAUCUACGUGCUGCUCAAGGUACAUAACUUCACGGAGAAGGGAAAUGGCGAGAACCUGAAUACGGCCUACACCACCCUGGUGGGCUGCGUGACCAGUUUGGUCCUCGUGUUCAUCUACCUGUACCUGACCCCCUGCCGAUGCUUCUGCUGCCCCAAGAACAACCACCAGGACUCCUUCCACUCCUCCAUGCUCAGCCAGGAAGACCUGGCCAACAACACAGACCCAAGGCACGUGGCCUUCAUCGACCCCAAGGAGCUUGGGCAGAACGGGAAAGUGAACCCCAGCGAUAUGGAGGGGGACCAGGGAGAGAUGGAUGAGGAGGGAGGAUUACUGGGGAAGGGAAGGAGGAAGAAGUCUGUGGCUGAGUCUAUUAGUUUGGUCUUCUCUGACACCCCCAUAGUGGUCUGAGAUGGUACGGACCGGAGAUCUCGGUGAACGCUGUGACGUGAUUGGAUGGAUCAGUGAUGUAUGUGGUGUGAUUGGAUGAAACUGUGAAUACUUCCUGGAGGUGGGAACUUGGAC